AUGUCGCCAAGCUCAGCGCUUUCUGUCGGCACUAUGCUGUCGCCAUUUGCUUCGUAUAAACUCGGCUACCCCCCUUGCAACGACCACAGGGCGAUGCACACGACACAAUCGGCCUGGCGACGACGCAACGAUGCGCCUCAAGAACCCCCACCGACGGACUUGAACGAGUUGAACUUGCUGGGAAACACAUCAGCCCCGUCGACUUCGGUGGAUGUGUGCAUGUACGACGGAUUUGGACUCAACAGCGGCAUCACAAUCUCGGGCGGGAGCGGAGCGCUGCUGGUGGGUGGCGAGGCCUUUUCGUGGCGACCGUGGCAGGGGACGGGUUCCAUGCAGCUAGUCAACACGAAGGGCCAGUUUGAUAUCCCCGCUGAGGCGUUUGGCUUGUUCGACCUGCUCUGGCCCCGACCAGACCUGCUCAUCAUGGGUGUGGGCAAGACCAAUCGACCACUAAGCCCGGACACGAGACGGCGCAUUACCGAGCUCGGGAUGAGGGUCGAGGUGUUGGAUACAAGGAACGCUGCCGCGCAGUUCAACCUGCUGGCUACAGAGCGGGGCGUCACCGACGUUGCCGCGGCCUUGAUACCCAUCGGCUGGAAGGACGGUGUCGGAGUUGCGUGA